GAUUGGAUCAUCCAUAUAUUGCCGGCAACAGCUAAAAGGUGACUAAAAAACAAGCAUUGCUGCAUAGAAAUGGGUUGUAUUCACAAUGUUGUUACAAAGGAUUCCAAAUAAAUGUUCGGCAUGAAAAAGGCGAUGUUGAAGAUCAUACAUUACACGUGAUAAUGAAGCACUUUGUUCAUUUUUAGACGUUUGUGUCCCACAAUACGUAAUGACACAGAGACUCAGAGUAACUUCCAAAAUAAACACCGUUGGAAAUAAACAAAAGAAACAACAGAGCAACUCGAGUCGCUUUGCAGAAGUUGUGCCUGAAAGCCUGAACUCAGGGUUCAAACCACUGCUGUGGUCCUACCGGGCCACCGUAGCUGUGAUGGCGUUGCUGCUGGGAGCCGCGCUCUCUCUUCUACUCGUAUGUUUGUUGUUCACUAUCCGACUGUAUCGUGUUGUGAGGACUGCUUCGAGCUGUGGAGCGGGGGCCAGGGGACCCGGGACCAGGAGACCCGGGACCAGGGAACCGGGGACCAGGGGACCGAUCGCUGUGCUCGUCGUCGCAGGGUCAGGCGGUCACACCACAGAGAUCCUGCGUCUGGUGCAGAGCCUUUCAGCGGCCUACACUCCUCGACACUAUGUCAUUGCUGACAGCGACCGGAUGAGUGAGGAGAAGAUCUGCACCUUUGAGCGCUCGAAGCAGCCCCCUGACUCUGAGUCCCAGUUCACCAUCUGUCGGAUCCCACGCAGUCGGGAGGUGCAUCAGUCCUGGAGCUCCUCUCUCAUCAGCUCCCUGGACGCUCUGCGCUACUCUCUUCCUCUGGUCUUCAGACUCCGACCUGACGUGGUGCUGUGUAACGGGCCAGGGACCUGCGUUCCCCUCUGUGUGGCAGGACUGCUGCUUGGAAUUCUGGGAAUGAAGAAAGUGUUGAUAGUUUAUGUUGAAAGUAUUUGCCGGGUAGAAACGCUGUCCCUUACGGGGAAGAUCCUGUACCCUGUGUCGGACUAUUUCUUUGUGCAGUGGUCCUCUCUGAGAGACAAAUACCCCAAAUCCAUUUUCCUUGGAAGACUAGUCUGAAAGGAAUGUGUGUGUAAAAAUAACACGAUAAGUGAACCCAAUAUUUGUAUUUCACACCUUUCCCAGUCAACAGGUUGCUUGAACUUGGGCUGUAGGGGGCACCACAAUCUGGCUGUGUGGGUUGGGCCCCACAGGAAGGAUCAGCGUGGUGGGGUCCACAUUGGGCCCCCACUCUACCAGCAGCGUCCAGGAACGGAGGGUCUUGUAACCCUCGUCCCACAUGUGUGGGCUCUACUAAGGGGGCUUGGGAUAGUGAAGCAGUGGGGUGCACUAUGUCAGGUGUAGCUUGUCAUUGGACAGCCUGAGCUGACUAAAUAAUAAAAGAUUUUAAAUGUAUAAAUGAGUAUGUGCCAGAUUUAUCAAGGAAGCUGAACUCCCAAGGUGGUGUCCACUGUCCCUCCCUACUAAGUGGACAUUAAAGUAGCCCCACCAGCCUGGUAGAGGAACGUCUCGCUGUGGAUGGCUCGGAGCAGACUGCAGAGGAGGACUGUCCCAUGUUCAAUAAGUGCUGUCCCUCUUCACCCACAAUUCACUUUCAUGUUGUCUUAUUUUUGUGAAAAACAAGUAUUUUGUUCCGAUUGAUUGUGUUGAAGAGAAAGUAAUGUUAUGCUAAUGUUUACACAUUAACAGGGGUACUGGAGCUAAUGCUAUAAUGUUAGGCUGGCUAUAUACACAUACAAAGGCUUUUAGGGUGCUAAAAGAAUAAAUGAAGUCAUCUAAAGAG